ACAUCCUGUAAUAUUGAAUACUUUUACAUUUAUAUUUAAACUAACCAUAGCCAACGUAAAUAAUCCAUUUUCAAGUAGAAUUGAACUUGUGAUUUCGAAUACUCCCAAGAACCCUUACACCACCUCUUAUGCACAUGAAGGCAUGUUAUUGAUAAUUGGUAUAUAUGCGUGUGCUUGUGUACUGAUAAACAAAAUGACGAGGGUUUAUUUCAUACAUGUAACUCAUUAUAAUAUUUCAAUCAUUCUCCCUCUCUGUUUCUUCUUUAAGAGCUAUGGACUACAAUAUAUUAACAUGUAGUAAGGCACAAGUGAAGCUCAAUGCAUCUUCACUGCUACAAUGAUAUCGGUUCAGUCACCAUCCCUCGCAAAGUUGAGCAAAUCAUGCUAUCCAAGCUUAUAUUACACGCGUAUUUAUCGUCAAACGUGAUGAGAUGAGAUGCAUGUGUCUUUUUAUGAAAGGUUUUGAUAUAUAGAGAUUAGUUUUUUACAAUAAUCUAGCUAGGGAUUUUGUGUUAGUUCUUUUGUUUUCUGAAUAUAAACUUUGUAUAAUAUUUAUAUUAUAUAUUAAAAAAAACACUUUGUAUAAUGUUUAAAUUAGAAUUUUUAAAUACUGAUUUCGGAAAGAAAAAAAAUAGGCUGAAAGAGUUGAGCUCCACGGUUUAAAACAAAACAAAAAAAAAGAAACAAAAUAUACAAAGCGUUAAUUAACUACCUCUCGUAAUGAGGUAAAUGCAAAAAUGGCUCGUUGAGUUAACAACCUCUCGUUACCGUUAAGACUCCUACAAAUUAAAACGCGCGAGAGAUGAUUUAAAAGGUUAUUUCAGUCAUUUCACAUUACCCAAAUGUUACGUAACCUUCUCUAUUUAUAAACCCCUCGAUUUCUUGCGCAAAUCUCCAAAAAGAAUAAAACUAAAAUCACUUUUUCGCGUCUCAUUGAAUUCAAAAAGUUUUCAAAUCUCCGGAACUUUAUUUCUGGAGAAUAAAUAGUUUCCUCCUUACAAUGGCGUCAGAGAAUCUGAAUGAUAAGGUUGCUGUCUUCAAGAAGCUAAAAUCAAAAUCUGAUAAUAAGAUUUGUUUCGACUGCAAUGCAAAGAGUCCAACAUGGGCUUCCGUUACUUACGGGAUCUUUCUAUGCAUCGACUGCUCUGCUGUUCAUCGCAGUCUUGGCGUCCACAUCAGCUUCGUCAGGUCAACAAAUCUAGACUCAUGGAGCCCUGAGCAGUUGAAGAUGAUGGUGUACGGAGGAAACAGCAGGGCGCAUGUCUUCUUCAAGCGGCACGGUUGGAGCGGAGAAGGUAAAGCCGACACUAAGUAUACCUCCAGAGCUGCUGAGUCCUACAAACAGACUCUUGCAAGAGAAGUUGCCAAAAGCAACGCCGAGGAACUUCUUGAUUUGCCUCCUCCUGAUUCGACGACGAAGCAAGUGCCCAAUGGGCUCUCCACCAUCAAAACCACUGAAGAAGCUCCUAAAGAGAGUAUUAAUAAUAAUACGAAGGUUCCCGUCUCACCGAGAGUCUCUAAGUCCGUUAAGAAACCUCUUGGUGCUAAGAAGACAGGCAAAACAGGAGGACUUGGUGCCAGGAAGCUCACUACUAAGUCGAGCGAGACACUUUAUGAUCAAAAGCCUGAGGAAUCUGUUGUUGUACAAGCGGCUUACUCAUCAGCUAACAGUUCACCAUCGGCUAAGUCAGCUAGGUCAUCGUUUUCCUCUCGUUUUGAUUACGCGGACGGUGUUCAAACAAGAGAGCAAUACAUGAGCAAUGGACCUCAAGUGUUUGGUCAUGUAGCUCCACCGAAAUCAACAGGCUUCUUUGAGGAGUUUGAGAUGAACGGGUUUCAGAAGAAACCAAUCACAAGUUCCUCAAGAAUUCAAGAGACAGAUGAAGCGCGAAAGAAGUUCUCUAACGCGAAAUCAAUCUCCUCUGCUCAGUACUUUGGUAAUGAGAAUAAUGCCAUGGACCUUGAGGCCAAGAGUUCAUUAAAGAAGUUCUCCGGUUCAACAGCAAUCUCUAGUGCUGAGCUGUUUGGAGAUGAUGAUGGAGAUUUUCCUCUGGAUCUCUCCGCUGGUGAUCUUAUCAACCGCCUCUCUCUCCAGGCUCAGCAAGACAUGUCGUCGUUGAAGAACAUGGCAGAGGAGACAAAGAAGAAGCUCAGCUCUGUUGCUUCCAGCUUAUGGGUCUGAAAGGUUUAUGUUUUAAUUAUCUUAAGACUCAAUCCAAUGCACAUUCAUUUUCUUUUUCUUAUACCCUUUACCAUUUCCAAGUCAUUUGAUUCUAUUCUUGUACUAGGGGGAAAUUAUAACGCAAACUAUGUUUUGUUUUAUUGAAAAUAUCAAUAUUUUGUACAAAUGAGAUUAUGUUUUUGUAAAAUUGUCAUUAAAUAAAAAUAUGUGGUGUACAUGAACAAAAGUCUUAUGAGAUUAAUGAAACUCAACGUGUUUGCGUUU